AGCGCAGACUCAAAUGCGGGCGGACAGCUGGGCUUUCUAGUUCGACCGCAGCGCCCCGAGAGCCAUGGAACGCACCGCUGGACAGCUCGCCUGCUUGACCGUGGGGCUGUGGCUGGGGUUGUUGCUGCUGUGCAGCUGGGGGUUCCCCGGGAGCGCCGAGCCACGGGCCCCGCCGGAGAAUAUCGCGAUUAUUGGAGCUGGCAUUGGUGGCACUUCAGCAGCCUAUUAUCUGCGGCAGAAAUUUGGGAACGAUGUGAAGAUUGACGUGUUUGAAAAAGGAGAGGUGGGGGGCCGUCUGGCCACCGUGACUAUGCAGGGGCAAGAAUAUGAGUCAGGAGGUUCUGUCAUCCAUCCUUUAAAUCUGCACAUGAAGCGUUUUGUCAAGGACCUGGGUCUCUCUGCUGUUCAGAGCCCUAGUGGCCUAGUGGGGGUGUAUAACGGAGAGACUCUGGUAUAUGAGGAGAACAGCUGGUUUAUAAUAAACAUGAUUAAACUAAUUUGGCACUAUGGAUUUCAGUCCCUCCGAAUGCACAUGUGGGUAGAGGAUAUAUUAGACAAGUUUAUGAGGAUCUACCGCUACCAAUCUCAUGACUAUGCCUUCAGUAGCGUAGAAAAGUUACUACAUUCCCUAGGAGGGGACGACUACCUUGGAUUAUUUAACCGAUCACUUCUUGAAACCUUGCAGAAAGCAGGCUUUUCUGAGAAGUUCCUCGAUGAAAUUAUUACUCCUGUCAUGAGGAUCAAUUAUGGCCAAAACAUGAACAUCAAUGGCUUUGUAGGAGCAGUGUCAAUGUCCUGUACUGAUCCUGGCCUUUGGGCAGUAAAAGGUGGCAAUAAACUUGUUUGCUCACGGCUCCUUCAGGCUUCCAAAAGCAAUCUUAUAUCUGGCUCAGUAAUGUCCAUAGAGGAGAAAACAAGGACCAAGCAGACAGGAAAUCCCACAAAGGUGUAUGAAGCGGUCUACCAAACUGGAUCUGAGACCCAUUCAGAUUUCUAUGACAUCGUCCUGGUGGCCACUCCAUUGAAUCGAAAAAUGUCCAAUAUAACUUUUCUCAACUUUGAUCCUCCAAUUGAGGAAUUCCAUCAAUACUACGAACCUUUAGUGACAACUUUAAUUAAGGGGCAGUUGAAUUCAACUGUCUUUACCUCUAGAGCCUUAGAUGAGUUUGAUCUCGGUACAAUCUUAACCACUGAUAAUCCAGAUUUGUUCAUUAACAGCAUUGGGUUUGUGUCUUCUGUAGAAGAAAAUAAUAAUCCUCAACCAAAAGCGGAUAGGGCACACGUUUGGAAGAUCUUUUCCGCAGGACCUCUUACUAAAGAACAAAUUUUAAAGCUCUUUGUGUCCUAUGAUUAUGCUGUGAAGCGGUCAUGGCUUGCAUACCCUCAUUAUACGCCUCCAGAGAAAUGCCCUUCCAUCAUACUCCACGAUCGACUUUAUUACCUCAACGGCAUGGAGGUUGCAGCAAGUGCCAUGGAAAUGAGUGCUGUUGCAGGCUACAAUGCUGCUCUCCUCGCCUAUCACCGCUGGAACGGGCACACACACAUGAUUGACCAGGAGGAGUUAUAUGAGAAACUUAAAACUGAACUAUGAAAUACCACUAUUUCUUUUUUUCCCCUCCUGGUUCCAAAUGGAAUUAUCACUGGCAAAAAAGAACACAGUCUGAGCAGAGAUGAUUUUGAAUCAGAUAUUUUGCCGUUAUCAUUGUUUAACAAAAAUAAUCCCGGUGAAUCAUGAGAAAUACAAGGUUCUAAUUAAGCAUGAAGGCAUAACUAUUGCAUCUCCAAAAUUUCUUUAUUCUUUCUUUAAUAUCCAUCAGCAGUGUUUCCCAAACUUCUCUGAUCGUAAGAAUCAUCUGGAGUUUGUUAAACGUACGGAUUCUCUAGCUCCUCUGGAGAUUCUGAUUUAAUAGGUCUGGGGUGGGGCCCUGAACCAAACCUUAAAGCAUUUUAAGCUGAGCACUUGAGGAAGACUUAUCUUUUAGUUCGGGACUAGUUCAUUUGUGCUUCGCAGCUGGAUGUGAUCUUCAGUCAGAUACAACUACUGUGGGAGCUGGUAUCUUAUGCCUGGCUUUAGUAAUUUAUAUUUUUCAAAGUACAUAUGCCCAUGCUUGAAGCCUUGACUUUCAGAAUGUUCUUUUCAUUGCUUCUGUCUCUAUUUUAUUGGGGGUGAAAUUCAGAAGUCUUAGUUUAGUAUAAAUUUAAGAUGUCAUACAAAAAUAUUAAGUAAAAUGAAAAGUACAGGCUAUUGAUUUAAGAAAUUGGCCUUCUAUUAUCAAACCCUCACCUGAGGAGCUUUUAAAAAUAGUGAUAGAGCUCCACAGCAGAGAUUCUGAUUUAGUUGAUGGAGGAUAGGACGUCAGCUUUUUGUAGCUUUUGAAAGUUCCUAACUUGCAUCCUGGGUUGAGAUUCACUGAUGGUGGCGGUUUAUGAUGUUUCCCAAGGGUUUUUAGUGCCUUAAAAGUCCCAAGAAACCCAAUCCAUUAUCAAAGCGGGUCCAUGUUGCAAAGAAUGAUUUCUCUCAGUGAGAACUCUAGUAAUCUUGAUAGUAAGAUGCAUUGACAGUCUCACAGCAGAGGCGACUUAGAUUACUCCAGAGCAGUUGGCACUAGAGUAGGAUAUUCAGCAAGACACCUUCCUUGAUCAGAUCCAGUGUAUGUUCAAACUGUUAAAUGCUUCUAAAGGUACUGUAGCAUUUUGGUUGAGAAAUUGGUUGCUGAAAUCUUUUGGGGCCCUGGUUCUGAGCCUCAGCUGUACAUUGGAAUCACCUGUAGGAGUGCUUCCUGAAUUAUUCUAAUAUGUAGCCAAACUUGAGAACCAGUUCUCCAUCUGUACAAAGAUCAUGAGUGACUGUCCUUUUAGUCACUGGAAGGACAGGACAAGUAAAAGCUUGUGAAUUCUAAAAGUAACUGCAACCAAGUUAACAUGUAUUGUUUAAAAAAAAAAAAGUCCUCCAGAUUAUAGCAAAAAAGAGAACAUUGAUUCUUAAAACAAUUUCUUCUCUAUUACAAUUGUGAAUAUUAAUAUGCUGAUAAAACUGCCAAGAUAUAUUUGAUGUAGAGGCAGGAAUUAAAUUUAUAGUUUGUCAAAGGGUCAGCUUUUUACUAUUUUUAUUCUUAAGUAUGUUGAGACAUUCAUAUUUUUUCCUUUUGUGGUUUAAUGAAGACAGUUAUGUAGAGAGUGUAAUACUAUUAUGUAUAUGCUAAAAGUGGGUGAAUACUAAUGAGGUAAUUUAAUUUCUAUCACUUAUAGACUUGUUUUGCGAUUGGAUAUAUUUUUACUUAGAACACCAAUUUAAAAGGUUGCUGUUAUAUGAAACCCAACUCUGUUUUCCAACAAGGCAUCUGAAGUUGUUUCCUCAAAGAGCAAAACAGGUUAUCCGUAUAUCAAGCAUAUUAGUAUUAAUGCAAUUAACAGUAUUAAAAAAACUUUUGUUUUUUUAAUUGGAAGAAAAAUCCUAUCAGGGCCCAUUAUUCCAGGAGGCCGCUCAAAUCAUCUUUUUACAGAAGAGACUGGUAAAAAUUAUGCAGGGGCUGAAUGAAGGCCAAGUUCUGCUCCAGUGGUUUUCCAACUUGAGUGUGCAUCGGAAUCAACUGGAAGCCUUGUUAAAACAUUGCUGAGCCUCACCCCCAGAAUUUGUUUCAGUAGGUCUGGAGUGGCAUAUGAAAGACUGCAUUUCUGUUAUGUUCCUAGGUGAUGCUACUGGUCUAGGAACCACACUUAGAAAACCAGUUCAACAAUUCAGCUCUACGUGGCUGCAAAAAACACAAGCUUGUCGACAUUCGUCAAGAAUUAAAAAGAGGAGAAUGGAAAAAUAAAAAUGUAUUGGCCUUCGUUAGUUUGAUCCCUCUCGCUAUUCUUUUGCUGUAAACAUUUCCUAUAAAUAGGAAAUACCACUUUACAUACACAUAAGCCACCCAUUUUAUUAUACUUUACAAGUACCUCACAUACUGUGUGUACACCCCACUCUCCAGUUUUAAAGCGAUUCAUGAUUUGUAGGCUUUUUACCAGAUCACAAAAAUAAGCUUAAGCAUUUGCUUGAUAGGUUUCUUAAAGUUAGGUUUAUGAUACAACCAUCUGUAAAAUAGCUCUCAUUUGAGUUUGUGAACCAUAAAAUUUAUGAACUAGGUGAAUAUAUCACGGGCAGCGUUAUCACUAUCUUCUACUCCACAAAGAACCACAAUGCACUGGAAUGUUUUUCUCUGGAAUUGUAUUUCUACUCCUGUAUUCAAAAAAAUUUCCCACGUAUGUUCAAAAUAAAACCAUGAUAUCAUGA